AUGGAUGGAACUUCUUAUAGAAGAAAAGAAGCUGAAACAUUUAAUAAAAAACAUGUUCAAAGUUAUAUUCGCAAUGUAGAAAAUUUGUUGGUCUCACCGAUGGUCAGAACUUCAUUACAAAGCAUAUCUGCACAAGCAAUGCCACUCAACACAUUAACACAAACUGGCGCUUUAUCUUCGCAACCAGGUUAG